GUUCUAAAAUUAGUGAAAACUUAAAUUAAAUUUAAUUCAACUGUAACUGUAACCUUAACAUUUCAACAUAAUUUAUUCAACAGUUAUUUUUAUCGUUGUUGUUGUUGUUCUCAUUCAAUUUAACUUGAUUACUGACAAAAGUUCGUUUACUUGGCUUAUUGGCAAACAAAUUGUUUUUGUUGUGAGUAAAGGUGGUAUUUAAUGCGUUAUUGUUGUUGUUGCUGUUGGAAAAUACCAAACAAAAAAACAUUCAAACACACACAUUCAAAUACAUAUUUAUGUAAAUAACAGUUAUUUUGUGCAAGUGUGAGUGAAAUUAUUUACAUUUCGUGAAAUAAGAAGAAGAAAAAAGUGCUAAAUACAACAAUAAGAACAACAUUUGAAAAUAAGAAAAAAAUCUAACGGACAGAAAUUCUAAAACUUCAGACAAAUAAACAGAGCGAAAAAAGAAAUACAGGCUAUGACGACCUACAAAUACAACAACAAAAUUGCAUACAACCAAACAAACUUAAAAACAUGAACAAACACGCACAAAGGCAACAACUAAAGAAAACAUAGACAUUUUGUUAUAAAAAAAGAAGAAAAUAUCAACUAGUACAAAGUCAAAAGUUGAAGGAAACGAAAAUUUGAAAAGAAAUAAUUUCUCUUCAUUUCCACAUUUUCCAUUUUAAUUUAAAUGUUAGUGUGUGUGUGAGUAUACACUUUGUGAAUGUGAAUUUGAAUUCGACUUCUUCGCGUACAACAACUACAUAGUCAUCGUCAUCUCCAUCGCCAUCAAUUCAUUCAACACAAAAGAAUAUAAAAUAAAAUAAAUAAUAAUAAUAAUUUUUACGUGUUAAAUUUACAUUAAACAAAAAUCUAACAGAAGGCAUAAGAAGAUGUUCCUAUAGAAAUGGCCAAAAUUUCACGACGUGCUGUUGCCUCGUCGUCUUCAAAUAGUGCUGCGAUAACGUCGUCCUCUUCCUCAUCUGCACAAACGUCGUCGUUUUCGUCAGCAGCCGCCAUACGACAUACGACGUCACAGCAGGCAGUAUCUUCCGAAGGCCGUACAAAUGCAAAUAGCAUUAUAAAUGAAGGGAAAUCCGCGAGAUCGGUGCCCUCGGGUGCAACACAUUUUAUUGAUACUCCUUUGGGUGGUUAUGCGAGUGCCUCAGCUACAGUUACUGCUACGCCAUAUCCAUUACGAAAUGAUGGUACACAAUUUACAACAACACAUAGUAAUGUGUAUGCCUACACAACAACGACUGGACCUAAUAAAAAUAUGCCGUAUACUGCCUCACCCCUGCCUCCGGAUCAUCAAUAUAACAAAACUAUACAAGAUCAAUUAUACCAACAGGAACGCGAUCGCAUACGUAGGGAAUUCUUUGAGACAUAUGAUGUUAUGACCGGCGUACGUAUAGCCGCUACACUGGGUGGUUUCUUUGGUCUUAUGGUAUUCUUGAUAGUGUGGAAAAGUCGCAGUAGCUCAAAUGAGACUUUGAAGGUUUUAAAAGAUCCCAAAAUGGCUGCUGUUGCCGCUGUCUGCAUGCAAGAAGAAGAGGAACGUGAGAUACAAGAGGCAAUGGUUGCCACUGGUAUGUCGAUAUAUCCAGAUGAAUACGAUACCAUUUUGUACAGACGCCAAAGAAUGCUUUCGCUGGGCAAUGUCAGUGCCCCGCCCAUGCUUAACAGAGGCUUUCGCUUCUCUUCGGUGGGCGGUGGCUAUAGCAGUUUGCUCGAGCCACCAAGAAGAUUUUCCUUUUCAGCUGCUUCGGGUGCCUUGAGUAUAGGUGGCGGCAGUUAUGCCGGCAGUCGACGGCGCAGUGGUUCCGAAACCUCACGCAUAUUUAGUAAUUACCCUAUGGGUAGUAGUUUUGGUACCGAUGAUUAUUUUGUCGAAACGGAUGAUGAAUUGGAAAAUGGUGAUUAUCAGCAACGAGAGACUACCGUUCAUAUGGAAGAUGUGGGGAAACGUUAUAAGCGCACGGACUCGGUUAAGAGUAAACAGGGGUUUCUUGAAGUGCCGUUAAUGGGUCAAGACUCGCGACGCAGCAGUGCCAUGACAUGCUGCAGCACUGACAGUUCUUAUUUGGAAAGACGUUGUUCUGCCUUUACGUUGGGUUUGUCAAACCUGCCGCCUUCAUUACAGCGAAAAUGUUCAACAGCCUCACGAGCAUCGAGUACCGACAUAUGGGAUUAUUAUUAUCCCGAUAUACAAGUUAUACAGCCCACUCCCAAGCCAUCACCUUGCCCCUCCGAACGCAGCAUCUACGAACAAUUGCUAGCGCAAACAACAUCGCAGCAAACUCAGGCAUCAAAAACAACGACUACAACUAUUGCAAUGGAAACAUCAUUGCGAGGUCUGGCCACAGUAACCACGGCCAGCAAACCAGCCUCUAAGCCCAUCACAACUCUAACGUCAAUGACUUCAACAACGGCCAAUGGUCUGGCGUCGUUGAAGGGAGCCGUUACGCCCACUUCAUCUAAUCAGUUUAUACGAAAGCAUAGCAUAGCAUUCUAUGAUCCAGAAAGUGCUCAGUCUGGUCGCAAACAACAAAUUCACUCAAUAAGCGCCGACACUGUAGAUGUUUAUCCCUAUAAUCAACCCCUGACUGAAAGAGGUAUUUAUGACUCCUCGAAACCAGCACAAUCUGCUCCUCCCGUAGGAGUGCACCAUGGCUUCCGUUUUUCGGAUUCUCCCACUGAAGAACUGCGUCUGAAUGUCAAACGAAAAAUUGCGGUUAUGGAACUUCCACGCAUACCUUAUCCAGAACAGGACACGCCGCCCAGUUUAGCGGCUUUCGCCUGUGAAAAUAACAAUAGUUUUCCAUAUUCAAAUUCCGCGGCUGCCAAGGCUGCAGCCAAUGCCGCCAAUUCGAGUAGCAUAAGUAUCGAUAGUACCCCUCUAAGUAUUGAUAAGCUGAAUGGAAGUGGUAGUUUGGGUACUAUAUCCGCCAAGGCUUUAUUUAAUGCCGAUAAACGAGCACCUUUGGCAUCAUUAAGUUCCUUUAAGAUUUCCUCUUUGGAAUACCAAGACUCUGAACUAAGAUCUAUGGAAGAGGACUCAGUGUUCAUAGAUAGUGUAGCGGAUACCGAUGAAGAUAUGCAACAGUUAAGUAGCGACAGUGAAGAAGCCAGCUUUCCAGAAGAUCAAAAUAUUCAAGUUGCAGAGAGCUUAGGGCCGGCAAUUAAUAAACAGGAUAUUGCAGCACCCAGUGCAAUAGUGACAAGAACUACAUGUCCAACAACAUCAAGAUAUCCGCUGGAGAAACGUUUUAGUUUGGAAGUUUCCAAUGCCAACACCACCACCCCGAUAACCACUUGUUCGCCCACGGUAGGGGGAACUGCUGCCAGUGGUAUACCUAUAACUGCCAGUGCGCGUGUACGUAGAUCAUUGUUACAGCGUCAUCGCACCAUAAGUGUGUCUUCCAGUGAUCGCGUAGCUUUACUGGGUCAGCCUCUAAAAGAAUUUUCCUCGAGUACAGCUCAAACAUCAAACACGUCAUUAGAAACUAAACAGCAAACACCGCUGGAAACCCACUUUGGUGCCAUCAUUUGUACAAACAGUCCUCCAACACAUCCCAGACGAGCGCAACUACUGCAACAGUACAGCGAUCCUCAAAGUCUGCCAACAACCACAACUACUACCACAAACACCACAGAGGAGGAUACCUGCUCUACCCUCAACACCGAAGUGGGCUUGGGCCUCGAAGUUGUGGCCGAUGUGCGUGAUACACCAGCUGGCGGCAGCACUGAAACUGUAGGAAUGGGCAGCAGUACUACAAGAGGUUCCACCAGCCUUACCCAACACAGUAGCUUAAAUACGGUUGUGAGUUUUGGUCGUUCAAGUCCUUUCGGUGAAUCACAGCACGUAAGUAUAGACGACCGUUCACAAAUACAUUUCCCAAAGCAUCUUCAACAUUAUCAUGAUUUACAGCUGCAUCAGAAUCAGCAUCAGCUUCACCACCAACAACAACAACUACAUCAUCAUCAGCAUUCUCAGCAAAAACUGCCAAUUUCAACAUCAACCCAAUAUGAUCCUUGUGCCUCUUCUAUUUCCGAUUCUUUUUUACAAACAAAGGAACCUUUAAUAAAAAUGCCUUCUUCUCUUAAAAGCCUGAUACUACAACAUAAACCCUCAUCCACAACACAGCAGCAGCAACAACAACAACAGCACACUGUUACACCCAUAACAAUAAGCCGCAGUGCCACAAAUCUUACAUACACCGAUUCUACACCCCAAACACCCGACGAUUAUUUUGCAUUCGAAACUCAACACAGUCCCUGUCCUUCGGUAAUGCUAGAAUUACCCCUCAUACGUCUACCAACCGAAGAUAGUUCGACCGACAACUCACAAGCAUCCGAACACACUAAAGGUGCCGACGAAGAGCACAGUCGCAGCUGUAAGAGUGAUCAGCCAAGUGAUCCCAGUUUACCGGGUUCAUCACGUAAAUGGUCCAAAGAAACAUUAUUCUAGCUAACAGUUCUACUACCAUCAUCAGCAUGUUCCGUUUCUAACAUUGUACUUCUACGGCAUCAUUUGACAUCUAUCAUCUCAAUGAUCACAUUGCAUGAGAGCAUAUAAAAUGAAUAACAAUUAUGGCGGUAUAAAGUUACUUUAGCAAUCAGAGCUUUAAAGGAAUUUAAAUUCACUUGGUUGAU